AUGGCAGUGCUGAGCAGAAAAGCAGUCAGAACAAAGAACACCGGAACAGGUCCGCCUCCUAAAAAGACCAAUGCUCCGGUGAAAAAGGCCCAGUUCGAGUCAAAUAAAACAAAAGAAGUCGGGGUCAGCGAUUUGACGUUACUGUCCACCAUCAGCGAUCAGACUAUCAAUGACAACCUGGAAAAAAGAUUCCAUCAUGGUACCAUUUACACAUACAUCGGGCAUGUCUUGAUUUCCGUCAAUCCUUUCCGGGAUUUGGGCAUCUACACAGACGAGGUGCUGAACUCAUACAAAAACAAGAACAGACUCGAGGUGCCUCCGCAUGUCUUUGCAAUUGCAGAGAGCAUGUAUUAUAACAUGAGGGCAUACAAUGAGAACCAGUGUGUGAUUAUUUCCGGUGAAUCGGGAGCAGGAAAAACUGAAGCGGCCAAGAGAAUCAUGCAGUAUAUUGCUGCUGUCUCAGGCUCGUAUACCUCGUCUUCCCAUAUCCAGCGCAUAAAAGACAUGGUCUUGGCUACCAAUCCGCUUCUUGAGUCCUUCGGAUGCGCAAAGACUCUAAGGAACAACAACUCGUCGAGACACGGUAAGUACCUCGAGAUUCAGUUCAACAAGUCAUUCGAACCCGUUAGUGCCAACAUCACAAACUAUCUCCUGGAGAAACAACGAGUGGUGGGGCAGAUCAAAAACGAGAGAAACUUUCACAUUUUCUACCAGUACACUAAAGGAGCUAGUGAUCAAUAUAGACAGACAUUUGGUGUCCAGAACCCUGAACAGUACGUUUAUACUAGUGCUUCCGGCUGCACCUCGGUUGACUCGAUCGACGAUUUGAAGGAUUUCAAGGACACCCUUGCUUCGAUGACUACCAUUGGUCUCACCCAGGAGGAACAGGACCAGGUCUUUAGAGUGUUGGCUGCUAUCCUAUGGAUUGGUAAUAUUACAUUCGUUGAGGACGCAGAAGGCAACGCUCAGGUCAGAGACACUGGAGUGACCGACUUCGUUGCGUAUCUCCUUCAAGUCAAUUCAGAGGUGUUGGUGAAAUCCAUUAUCGAAAGAACAAUGGAGACGUCCCAUGGGAUGAGACGGGGAUCUGUCUACCACGUGCCUCUAAACCCUGUUCAAGCAACAGCAAGCAGGGACGCUUUAGCCAAAGGACUGUACAACAACAUGUUUGACUGGAUUGUUGAGAGAGUCAACAAGUCUUUUCAAAGCUUGAACCUCGAGGCUCAUAGAUCCAUUGGUAUUUUGGAUAUCUACGGUUUUGAGAUUUUCGAGCACAACUCGUUUGAGCAGCUCUGCAUCAACUAUGUGAACGAGAAGCUGCAACAAAUUUUUAUUCAGUUGACACUGAAAUCCGAGCAGGACGAAUAUGUCAGAGAGCAAAUUCAAUGGACGCCGAUCAACUAUUUCAACAACAAAAUUGUUUGCGAUCUAAUUGAAUCCAAGCGUCCGCCAGGAAUUUUUGCCGCGCUCAAUGAUGCCUGUGCAACGGCUCACGCUGAUUCUUCCGCCGCUGACCAAUCGUUUGCUCAGAGACUGAAUAUGGUCAGUAGCAACCCCCACUUCGAAUUGAGAUCCUCCAAAUUUAUUAUUAAGCAUUAUGCUGGUGAUGUGACCUACGAUAUAGGUACCAUGACAGACAAAAAUAAGGAUCAAUUACUCAAGGACUUGCUUGAGAUGAUUGGAACAUCUCAAAAUACAUUCAUUCAGACCAUCUUCCCAGAAAAAAUCGACACGUCAUCCAAGAAGAGGCCACCAACUGCCGGUGAUAAGAUCAAAACUAGUGCCAACCUUUUGGUCGACACUCUUUCUCAAGCCCAACCCUCUUACAUUAGAACAAUAAAACCUAACCAGAACAGGUCUCCUACGGAAUAUGACACUAAAGCAGUGUUGCAUCAAGUCAAAUACCUGGGUCUGCAAGAGAAUGUUAGAAUCAGAAGAGCAGGAUUUGCUUAUAGACAGACAUUCGACAAAUUUGUGGAGAGAUUCUAUCUUCUUUCUACCAGAACAUCAUACGCUGGUGAAUACAUUUGGGACGGCGAUGCCAAAACUGCAACCACACUGAUCUUGCAAGACACGGGCAUUCCAAAUACAGAAUGGCAACUUGGUGUCACUAAGGUGUUUAUUAAGAAACCUGAAACGUUGUUUUCUUUGGAAGAAAUGAGAGAAAACUACUGGGCAAAUAAAGCCAAAGUCAUACAGAGAGCUUGUAGAAGAUGGCUCAAGAGAAGAGAGAACGCCGCAAAGUUCGUCCAAAAGAUGUGGAGAGAAAGAGUGGGAGGUAACAAGUACGAACAACUCAGAGACUACGGUACCUCACUGGUUGUCAACAAAAAGCAAAGAAGAACGCUCAGUAUCCUAGGCUCUAGAGCUUACAUGGGAGAUUACCUUGGAUGUAACGACAAGACUGGUGGGUUUGGAAAGUUCCUGAUGCAAUCUAUUGGCCUUUCUGACUAUGUUAUUUUCUCGUCUAGGGGACAAAUACUGCAUUCGAAGUUUGGAAGAUCAUCUCAACGAUUGAAUAGGAUUUAUAUCCUCACCAGUUCACAAUUCUACGUGAUUGCGGAGGAGCUAGUUAACAGAAAGGUCUCCUAUGUUGUUGAAACAAAGAUCCCGGUUUCCGCUAUUCACAAAGUGUCUCUUUCUCAAUAUCAGGAUGAUUGGGUUGCGCUCAACCUGAACUCUACCACUCAGCCAGACCUUUUCAUCAAUACUAUAUUCAAGACCGAGUUGGUGACCCAUCUGAAAAAGCUGAACAGAUCGCUAGGUAUUGACAUUGGUCCAACCAUCACAUACAACAAGAAACCAGGAAAGCCUCAUGUGGUGAAAUUCCAAGCAGACAGCACGAGCCCUAAAAAUGGAGACUCAUACAAAUCUGGUACCGUCAAGGUCGCGGCUGGAUUGCCAGCUUCCAGCACCUCUAGGCAAAAACCAAAGGGACGGCCUAUCUUGAGCAAUGGCAACGCUAUUGCAAACUACAAGCGUACCGUUGGCAGCACGGCCCCUGUCGCACAUGCAUCGAACCAGGCAACUGCUGCUGCUGUGGCUGCCUACCACCCAGCCCAGCCUUCGGCAGCAAAACCGCAGAUUAAUAGGAAACCGGUGAACAGAAAACCAGCCCCGGCCGUCAAUAAGCCAAAGCCUGCACCUCCGCAGAGUCGCCAAACACAUGUGGAGCCCGCAAGAGCUCCACAAGCAGCAGUACACCCAGUUCAGCAUGCUCAAUCGAGUCAGGCCAACCCUGUUCCUCCACCACCGCCUCCACCUCCUCCGGCUGCGGCUGCCAAGCCGAAAUGGCCUACUUUCAAAGCCGCGUACGAUUUCCCUGGCUCUGGCUCUCCUUCCGAGUUCCCAGUCACCAAAGACACAGUGAUGUAUAUUUUACAGGAUCAAGGUGCCGGAUGGUCGUUGGCCAAGUCAUUGGAUGAAACCAGGGAGGGAUGGGUUCCUACGGCUUACAUCGUUCCUUGCGAUCCGCCAGCACAUAUUUUGAAGGGUGGAUCUUCUGCGCCUGCUGCUCCGCCUGCUCCUUCCAUUGCCACUUCCAACUCUACGACAAAUGGUUCUGCUAGAAACGGUACCGUGCCUGCAUCAACCAAUGGCACAAACGCAACAACACCGGCCACAUCCUCUGAUGGUCUGGCAGGUAGUCUGGCUGCUGCUUUGAAGCAGAAACAACAAGAAGAACAAAGUUUGGCAGGGGGCUUGGCUGCUGCUAUUCGACAAAAAGCCCGUCGUGACAGCGACGACGAGGAAGACGAUGAUGACGAUGAUUGGUAA